AUGGCAAAAAAAGAUGACGAGCUAGAAAAUGUAUUAGUCGCUCAGAAAUCUCUAAAUUUUUCAAAGCCAUUCUUGAAGUUUUACAAAGCUAAAGUUUUCUUCAGUGCAGCCGGUGGUAAUCAGCGGCUGCGAGUCACAAACAACCUACCCAGAACAGGUAUCAAGGUUCAGGGAGUAUCAAGGCGUCAAAACAAACAGCUGAUGACCUCCCUAGUUACCUUGACAGAGGCAAUAUCGAGAUUACCGAAGUACCGUUGA